AUGGCACAAGCUCACCUAAGCUUUCUUAUCGUCGCUGUCUUUGCAUCCACGAUAACCGCCAUGCAUUUGCCGUAUGAAGUUCUCGACACCAUAGUAGAACUCAGCGACAUCGAUGACUACAAAGACCUCAAUCGAGUAAAUGUAUCUGAUGACCGAGGACCCACUCGUCUAAUCUAUCGACUGGACCUUGACCCAGAAUACAUAGCCUAUUACGAAAUUGACACCGGAAGUGAGUACAUAGUUUUGUCUUCCGGGCGUAAAACUGGAGAUUUUCGAGAGGUUGAGAGUGGACCGGAUCCAAGACCAACCGAUGUGGUCCUACAGCAGGCUCAAGAGAACGGUCAGCAGUGCGCAAAGUUUUACCGGCUAUCACCAUUAGGAUUAAUCAUUUGUAAAAAUGACAAGGGAACUGUAGUCGCUGCAAGUUACAACUGGACGGCUGAUGUUGCUGAGGUAGGAUUAUUACAUUACAAAAAUAUAAUCGACCUAAGAGGCUAUGUCACCGCGAGUUUUCUUUAUUUAUGGUCAAAACUGAGUUCGCCCAAAGUUGGCUCACUCUUUUGUCAAGUUACAUUCCAUUAUAUUUCCAUUUUGGACAUCGAAAGACAAAAUUCUUAAUUUUCAUGCGUGGUAGAGUAGUACAGUAAUUUUAGAAUCAAAACACUAAACCAUUAUUUCUAGUUUAUCUCUGAUUGUAGCAGGUCUUUAGGGUUGUUAAAACAGUAAAAGCUAAAGGAAUUGUGACACAGCUCUCCUUCCAUCCUGUUUUCAUGACAAUGAAAGGCAGUAGGCUUAGGUUGUCUUAAUCGGUGACGCUGUAUAGCGAUUAUGUAUCAAAGUGGCGGAGUGUAGCCCCAUGUUCCUUUGCUCUGGGUGGAAGUUUUUUCACUGAUUAACUUCCAGUCCUCCCUACCCCCUGCCAAAGAAUGGCUGCUUAACCAAGAAAUAACAAAAAAGAAGCUGACCCCUUAUUCUUAAGGGCGUGACCCCCCUUCAUCCUUGAUCCUUUUAUCAAGGUGCAGCAACAUGAAUUUGCUUGUGAGCGCGAUUGAAAGGAAGUAAAACAUGUAUAACUAAGCUGUAAUUUCUUCACACAUUUCUUCACACAUCCAGACAAAGAAGAAUCCUUUGUCUACAAUCGUAUAUUUCAAUAGUCCUAAAAUCAAGGCUCCGUCUUGUUUAAAACAGAUUGAAGACUGGCGAAAGCUGGAUCAAAUGGUGAGAGAAGAUGUCGAUAUCUUUAAGAGGCUGUGGAAAGAGAGGGCAACUGAGAGAAGAACAAAGUCAGAUUGGGCCAGUACUGAAGUUCUCUCCGGGGUCGGGAAACUCCAUCGUAAAGAAAUUGACGAGGAGAUGCUUACAGCUGGCUCCGUCGUGUCAGUGGCGAUUGGUGAGUAUGUGCAAUCGGUUGACGUCUACAUUACAAAUGGCGGUAACUCGCCUAUCCCUCUUAACACCAGAUCAAGGUGGCAGCAGAAACUUUGUAAGGUGCUUGUUCACGUUUGUCAGCAGAACGGAAGUACCAAGGUAAAUCCAUCAGCCAUAAAGAAGACACCCAACAAUCUGAUAUACCUACAGUUGAGGGUCCAUGGCAAUAACACCUUCGUGGGAAACACAUUGCAGUGGCGGGAAAUUGGAUUUAUAAUCGAGAUCAAAGGACGCCAGAAAGAAAUGGUUAGAAAGUAUUUUGCAAUUAACUUGCAUUCCCAGCGAUUUCGACGAUCAACAAGUUCCGAGCCUUGUGAAAAAGCGAUUCCUAGAGAAAGUGAUUUUCCUGACUAUGAUCAACACAAGUGUUGUGGUUGCGUGAGCGGAUGUAGUCCUGUGGCCUGGGCCCAAGUGUUUGGAUACUACGAUAGACUUGCCUCCAGUUUUAGUUAUUCACCCUUCAGUAGACUGAUAUAUGGCGAUAUGUACACAACGGCCCCAAUGACAUUGGACAAAGUUAAAAAAGACCCAACAACAAUGAAGGUCAAGGCUUUCGUGGAGGACAUUCGAUCAGAGGUCGAAACAUUCUGUAAGAAUGGAGAGGGUUUGACCACCAACAGCAAAAUGCAUUUGAUCGCCCCAUGGUUCCGCGCCCGACAAGGUUACAGGGCUAGAAUUGUCAGCUAUCUCGAAAAAAGCAAAAAGAGGAGUGUCAGCGAUGCAAGAGUUGAGUAUGGAAGCAGGUCCUGGAUUCAGUCCAAAGGUGUUGAAUGGCUCAAUGAGGGCUAUCCAGUAGUCUUUGGCUUUCCCGUGGAAGGUGGGGGACAUUCGGCUGUCGCAACGAAAUGCUGGAAAAAGGUUAGACGUUAUCGUCAUUGCAUCAGCAGGCAAAAUGGAUGGCGGCGGGGGUCUGUAUGCUCCUGGAGAAACGCCUACGAUUACGAGUUCUUUCUACAUUAUGGCUGGGGACGUUCAAAUAACGGACGGAAAACAAUUAAUCCCUGGGAUGCUCAUGUUGCCUAUCUAGGCGACGAGCACUUUUCGUUUCUCCCUAUGUAA